GUUACUCUUCAAAAUGGUGGUACUCAGUAAACUACAAACGGUUGUUACGCCGAAAAACACAGCUAUAGCAGUUGCAGCUGGGGCUGUUCUCUACUCUUUUCUUGACAAAAUAAAUGAAAAGAAGAAAAGAAAAUCAAAAGACAAAAAGGCAAUUAUCUUCACAGAGAAUGGAAAUAAGAAAGAAAGAGCAGCCGUUGAUAUGGUCUUCUUUAGACGUAUGGGAAAAAUUCUCAAACUUCUCAUUCCCGGCUUAUUUUCAAAAGAGGUUUGGUAUAUUGCUAUGGUAGCUUUUGCUCUUGCCUCUAGAACAUAUGCCGACGUAUGGAUGAUUCAGAAUGGUACAGCAAUAGAAAGCGCCAUUAUUGGACGAAAUAAUGAAUUAUUUAAAGUACAUUUAUUUAAAUUCAUCUAUGCCAUGCCAUUGAUCUCAGUUGUUAAUAACUUGUUAAAAUAUGGAUUAAAUGAAUUAAAACUUCGCUUUAGAACCCAAUUAACAAAUCAUUUGUAUAAAAAGUAUUUGACGGGUUUUACGUACUAUAAGAUGAAUAACUUGGAUAAUAGAAUUGCUAACCCUGAUCAGUUACUAACUCAGGAUGUUGAUAAAUUUUGUGACUCUGUAGCAGAAUUAUAUUCCAAUUUGAGUAAACCUAUGCUUGAUAUUGUCAUCUAUACCACAAAACUUACGGGAGCUAUCGGUGCUCAAGGUCCAGGAUUUAUGAUAUUAUAUUUAGUCGUUUCAGGACUAAUACUAACUAGAUUAAGAAGACCAAUGGGUAGAAUGACCGUUGAUGAACAAAAAUUAGAAGGAGAAUUUAGAUAUGUUAACUCUCGUUUAAUAACAAAUAGCGAAGAAGUAGCAUUUUAUCAAGGCAACAGAAAAGAGAAAGAAAUUGUAUUGUCUAGUUUUUCAAGAUUGGUCAAUCACGUUAGAAGUGUAAUAAAAUUCCGUUUUAAUAUGGGAUUCACCGAUAAUAUCAUAGCUAAAUAUUUGGCAACUGUUGUUGGAUAUUUGGUUGUAAGUCGUCCAUUCUUAAGUCUUGCUGAUCCUAGACAUUUGACAUCUUCACAUUCUGAAAGACUCGAGGAUUAUUAUCAAAGUGGAAGAAUGUUAGUAAGAAUGGCAGAGGCUAUUGGAAGAGUUGUUCUUGCUGGAAGGGAAAUGACAAGACUUUCUGGUUUUGCCGCUCGUGUAACUGAGUUUAUGAAAGUUCUAGACGAUUUGAAUAAGGGAAAAUAUGAAAGAACAAUGGUGAAAUCCGAUAAGAAUAGAGAUUUUGACGAAGACAAACCCAUCCCAAUUAGACAUUUAGACGAAUUGAAACCAAACAGUGGUCAAGUCUUAAUUAAGGAUCACUUGAUUAAAUUUGAACGUGUACCAUUGAUAACUCCCAAUGGAGAUGUUCUUGUUGAGGAAUUAAACUUUGAGGUGCCAGCUGGAAGAAAUGUAUUGGUCUGCGGACCGAACGGUUGCGGAAAGAGUUCUCUCUUCAGAAUAUUGGGAGAACUUUGGCCACUAUUUGGAGGAAACUUAACUAAACCUGCUGGAGCAAAUCUUUUCUAUGUUCCUCAGAGGCCAUACAUGACUCUGGGCACUCUUAGAGAUCAAAUUAUUUAUCCAGAUGAUCAAUUAGGUCAAUUAAAGAAAGGAAUUAGCGAUGCGGAUCUUAAAUAUAUAUUAGAAAAAGUACAAUUAUCAUAUAUUUUGGAACGUGAAGGCGGUUGGGAAUCCGUACAAGAUUGGAUGGAUGUAUUGAGUGGUGGAGAAAAGCAGAGAAUAGCCAUGGCUCGAUUAUUUUAUCAUAAACCACAAUUCGCAAUUUUGGAUGAAUGCACAAGCGCUGUUAGCGUUGACGUUGAAGGUUACAUGUAUAAUCACUGUAGAGAAGUUGGAAUUACUCUAUUUACAGUAUCGCAUAGAAAGAGUUUGUGGAAACAUCACGAGUACUACUUACAUAUGGAUGGAAGAGGGAAAUUUGAAUUUAAACCAAUUGAAGACGAUACAGUAGAGUUUGGCUCCUAAAUCGUAAGGCCUAGAGUUAUUUUUUAUUGUUGAAAAAUGUUUACAAAAUGAUUUACAUACAUAUUUUCUUUUAAUUUAAAAAAAAAAAUAAGGCAAAAACGAAUGUAAAAGUUACAAAUUAUAUAUAUAAAACACUUGUAGGAAAUUAACUAACUUACGAUGAAAUUAUAACUAUUUCAUUCAUUAUUUUUUCUGUGAUGAAUUUUUACGUUUAUUCUAUUUUUCAAUAAUAAAUACAUU